UAUCUAUAAAAGUAUAUAGUACGAAGAAUUGGCCAAUUUUGUGGGCGGUGCUUUACUUUAGUUUCUGGAAUCUCUGAGAAGUCACAAAACCAAAAACCCUAUAAAGCAAGUGCUCACAUUUUAACAUAAUAAUAACAAUCAAAUCACCCUGCGAUUCUUCAUUUCUGCUUCUCACUCUUUUUCACAUCACACCAAAAAUGGCUGUUCCAUUUGUAGCUGGACUUGCAGUUGCAGCUGCUGCUUAUGCUGGUAGGUAUGGAAUUGUAGCUUGGCAGGCAUUCAAGGCAAGGCCACCAAGACCUAAAUUUCGCAAAUUUUAUGAUGGUGGUUUUCAGUCUACUAUGACUAGGAGGGAAGCAGCUCUAAUUCUUGGAGUCAGGGAAGGUACUCCACUAGACAAGGUUAAGGAAGCACAUAGGAGGGUAAUGGUAGCAAAUCACCCAGAUGCUGGUGGUAGCCAUUAUCUUGCGUCUAAAAUUAAUGAAGCAAAAGAUAUGAUGCUUGGAAAAAUCAAGAGUGGUGGCUCGGCAUUUUGAUGGCACAACCCCUUUCCAUAUAUACAAGGCAAUUCUUAAAAAGUUCUGGUGAGUUUUAAGAGUCGUACAUGCUCCAAUUAGACAGUGUUACAUGUUUUUGCAGAUGACCCUCUUGGUUCUAUGGUAUUCAUGCAAGACAUAUAGAGUACAAAAAUCAGAAUAUUGAGGAUCUUUUCUUAGUUGAUUCUUGAUAGCCCUCUAGUUGCGCACAAUUUGAAAAAAUUGUAAUACAUUUUGUUAUAUGAAUCCGGCGAUUACAAGGGAAAUGCUAUUUGCAAUUCA